AUGAGCUCAUCAGGAAAUGACUUCUUCAGCAAUGUGCGUUCAAAGUGGCGACAAUCACGGUCGAGCUUCCGCUUAUCCGCAACAUCUUCCACAACCAAUUUGACAACCUCUAGACCUGAUCUCGAGCUUUGGGAAGGCAUUCCGGUAGAGUACCACCCGGUGGAAAGAGCCGCUUCACGGCCGCCAUCCGGCCACUACGGAACCUAUCGGCCGCUGCCAGGACCACCUCCUCGACCAAGGACAACAUCGCCCGCUUCGAAAUUUCGACCAAUACUGAGAAUUGAUACUGGGAACGAGCCAUAUAUCAAGCGAAAAGAGUACCGGCGACGUUCGGACCAGUACUUCUCUGCAGCUGUACAAGAACAAAAUAGCCAGCUACACUACCAUGAUCAACAGGUACAAGAUCGCCGCAGAAGCUUGAGUGUGGAAAUAGCUGCUGCUCUGCCGCCGGAACACCUCGACCCUCCUCCGCCGUACUCUCCCCAUCUAGGGCCUUCUAGGCAGUAUAGCCAUAAUCAAAUAAGACCGCACUCGUACCACGCAGAUCAAGAGUUUCCAGUCCUGCGUCCCUACGAUCCUCAGGACUACGUGUCGACCACCUCAUUAUCCCACAGCACGCACCACCCUAGUGAUGUCCGCCGAGCGAGCAUGGAAAUUCCAACGAUAGAAGCUCAAGAGCCGACCCCUGUAUCGCCGAUGAACAGUCUAGACCAGCAGUAUCUAGAACUCAGAUCGCGCGGUCCCAGCGUCACCAUCGACAGCCUGCUCGCACAUCCAAUGCUGCAACGGUAA